UCAUGGGGCCCCCGGGCAAUAGGGGAUCAUGGGGCCCGUGUGUCCUUGCCCACACUUAAAAAAGCCUAUAAAAAAGGUACCAGUGGCAUUUCAUGGGGCCCCCUACUGACCCCGGGCCCUCGUGCAGUGCCCGAGUGCUCGAAUGGUCAGUCCGCCCCUGCUCGGUGCUAUUCGAUUUCUGGACUUUUGCUGGAGGAACUGCCCUGAGAAGUAGCACAAGUAGGAGGGUGACACCAUCUUAUCUGUUAGCAGUAAGCAAUGCACCUACUGACUAGGCAAUAAAGA